CCCCCCACCAGCUGACGAAGGGGAACACGUGGGCCGCGUUGCAUAACAAACACGGAAGGGCUUGGAAAUCGUGGUAAUAACAACAGAGUACAGUGUCCUCGUUACAAUUGUGUCCCCUUGCAGCCGGACGGUGUCCUCCUGGUAGUAACGCGAGCCUAGGAGAGCAGCAGGAGCAGCAGGAGCGAUGGGCUCCUUCCUCGGCAUCGGCGUCGCCACGAUCUGCAGCGCCGGCCUGGCGUGCGCCUUCGCCUUGGCGUGGGACAUCAGGCAGCGCACGGUGUCCGAGAGCCACACGCUGGGCAGUCUCUUGGGACAGUACUUCUGCUACGCCGUCAUGCACAGGCUGGGGAGGUGGCAGCGCAAGAAGUUGGAGGUGGACACCAUGGACGUGGCCACGGCGCAGGAGGAGACGCUGCUCGCUCGGCUGCAGCGGAACGGUGACACGGCGUACGGGCGUCAGCACGGCCUCGACACCGUACGCAGCCGUCGGGAGCUGAGGGAGAGACACCCGCUCACCAGGUAUGAUCACUACCGGGCGUACGUGGAGCGGGUGGCGUGUGGGGAGCUGGGAGUCCUCACAUCUCAGCAACCGUCGAUCCUGGCGCUCACGUCCGGCACAUCAGGCCACUGCAGCAUGCUGCUCAGCCUGCCCUCCACCCUCCGGGAGUUCUUCCUCCAGGGAGUGGCCGUCAUCCUGUGCGUCAUGUUCGACACGUACCCCGAAGCCAGGAACCUCCAGAAGGUGGCAAAGUUAUUUUACAUGCCGCGCUGGCGUUCGUCGGAGGCCGGCAUACCCGUGGGACCCAACUCCUCGUCACCCGACAGCAGCAAGGGACUCCUGAGCAUCUACUCCACCCCGGGGUGCGCCUUCGCCAUCGCGAGUGAGCAGGAGGCCCUCUACGUGCACCUGCUGUUCGCGCUGCGCGACCGCCGCCUGGGCUCGUUGGAGGCAAACUUCGCAUCGCUCGUCUACCACGCCUUCUCCACGCUGGAGAUGCGGUGGCAGCGCUCGUUGGCUGAAGACAUCGAGCUGGGCCGGGUGAGCCCCAACAUCGACCUUCCGGACGACGUACGCUCCUCGCUGAACGCCCUACUCAGGCCGGAUCCGGCGCGUGCCGAGGAGCUGCGUCGGGCGUUUGCCGGCGGAUUCGAUGGCAUCGCCCGCAGGAUCUGGCCGCGCCUCAACCUGGUGCUGGCCGUAGACUCCGGCUCCAACGAGCCAUACGGUCGGGCCCUGGAGAACCACUACUGCCGGGGAGUGCCUCUCUACUCACCUCUGUACGGAGCCACGGAGGGUCUGAUCGGGGUGAACCUGUGGCCGGAGCGUCGGGAAAGGCGUUACCUGCUGUGUCCCCGCGCCAUGGUGUGCGAGUUCAUCCCCGUGCAGCACGCCGAGCAAGAGCAGCCGGGCACGCUGCUCAUGGAGGAGGUGCAGGAGGGACAGGUCUAUGAGCUGGUACUCACGAAUGGCUCAGGGCUCUACCGAUAUCGCUUUGGCGACGUGAUUCAAGUGGUUGGAUUCCACAAUCGGUGUCCCAUCGUGGAAUUUAUGUACAGGCAGGGCAUGAUGCUGAACGUGCGAGGAGAGAAGACGUCUGAGGGUUUGUUCGACAGGGUCAUGAAGCGCACCGCUCGCAUCUGGGCUGGCUCCGAGCUGCUCGACUACUGCUGUGCGGAGAGUGGCCUUCUUGGAAACUCAGCAGGAACUUCUGACCCACACUAUGAGGUGUUCGUGGAAGUCAAAGGAACCCAGUAUUUAUCUGAUGAAAAGAGAAACAAGCUCGAUCAGUUUCUGCAGGAAGAGUCGGCGGUGUACAAGUCAUUUCGCAACAAAGGCAGCAUCGGGCCAGCCCGGGUAAACCUGAUCCACCAAGGGGCAUUCCAGGAUCUCAAGAAAUAUGCCCUGGAGAAAUCUGGAGCCAGUCCUAACCAGUACAAGACUCCCCGGGUGCUCAAGAACAAGGAGCAGGUUGACAUUUUAUUGCAGAGAUGCAUUGCCUGAGUAUGAAGCAAGCUGGAUGAGACUGUACAUCCCGGCAUGUGGCAAGCCCAUAAAGCAAAGACUGCCUAAACGGCAAAUGGCAAUAGUGAUGGUAGAAAUGCAGUUCUCAGGCAUUUAAAAUGUGUGAUAUGAGUGCGUACGUUUUGUUUUCGUUUCCUUUUCAUUGUUUAUCUCCGAAGCCUUUAGGCCUUAACAAGGUAGAAUAAACAAAUACAAG